CUCUCACGCCUGCACUUUUCUCCCCAUCGAACCAACGUUCAAUUACUCUACCUAUAUCCUACAAAGUGAUUUUCUCCAUCGCCACUUACAAUACUUUCAACCCUAAAAUUCACUUGCUAUAUCCAUUCCAAAGCAAGUACGGCGUCAUCUCGAAAUCCACCCAAUCAGCCAUCACCUAAAACCACACAAACAAGCAUGUUCGAGCAUUUCGCACUCAGACACAUCCCACCCCUCCUCCUCGCCACCAUCUGGACUCUCGGUGGCACAAUGUCCCUGACAUCCGGCCCCGAGAGCGCCCUCCUCGCCUAUGGCUUUUCCUCAAACAUCGCAUCGUCAAAGGGCGCCUGGCCUGUCAUCAAGGUUGAAGGUUCUCGAGUUACUACUAUUGGCCUGGCCAUCUGGACUAUCUACCUGGGAGGACAUAUCGAGGCUGUGGACACGCUACUGGCUUGUGUCGGGUGGAUGGCGGUCGUGGAUGGGCUUGUGUGUUCAAAGUAUGGGGCGCCGGGAUCUGUGAGGAUGCGCGCGGGAUACCAGAGCGUGGUUGCGGUUUGGGGGUUGCUGGGUAUGACGUCGGGGAAGUACUUUUAGAGAGGGUCUGCAAAUGUGUUUAUUGGAUAUGGUCAUCAGUGCGAAUCAACAAUGUGUGCGCCUUUCCAGCCGACAGAUUAAGAUUCACUGUUGGAGAGCUUAGAGUAUAGUCAUCAGGUUUAUUGGAUUCCAUAAAAUCGUUAUACAUCGCCACCCUGUAUGUAAUCAAGUAAACCUUACGUCGCUGACCAGGUACCCAAUUGAUGCUUAUGCUAUGCUCAUGCUCAUG